AAGUCGGUCGAGUGUCGCUGGCACAAGGAAGAAAGGUGAAGGGGCGGAAGUGGGCGUGUCAAUCACUUUGAGGGGCGCGGAGAAACAGACCCCGGGGAAGGUAGAGCCGCCUUUGAGGCGGGGAACCCUUUUCCAUGGUUAAGCGAAAGGGGCGGUUCCAGGAGCGGAAACGUGAUUGGCGGUGGAUCGUGGGGCGGUGCAUGGAUGACAGGCAGCCGCGCGCGUUCGGAGGGAUCUCGCGAGGCUUGGCGCGUUGCGCGCGAAACUGUGAAGAGGCUCGGGCGACCGCGGAGCUUUGCCGGGAUGGCGCAGAGGAAGGGAAGGGGCGGCGGCGGAUAUAACAGCUGGAGGCGCCGAUGGGCAACCGACACCCCUGCGGCAGAUGGCGAGGGAGAGGCCCCGCGGGAUGACAGCUCCUCGACCUCUGCUCUUAAGCGCUUGGAGCGCAGCCAGUGGACAGACAAGAUUGAUGCACAGUUUGGAUUUGAGAGGAUGAAGGAACCUGCAGAAAGGACAGGGUGGUUGAUCAACAUGCAUCCAACAGAGAUUUUGGAUGAGAAUAAACGCUUGGUCAGUGCAGUGGAUUAUUAUUUCAUUCAGGAGGAUGGAAGUAGGUUUAAGGUGGCGCUGCCAUAUAAGCCCUACUUCUACAUUGCAACUCAAAAGGGUUGUGAUCAAGAAGUGUCGUCCUUCCUUGCCAAGAAGUUCCAAGGCAAAAUAGCAAAACUGGACACUGUACCCAAAGAGGAUCUGGACCUGCCAAAUCAUCUGGUUGGCCUGAAAAGGAACUACAUCAAACUGUCCUUCAACACUGUGGAUGACCUUUUAAAAGUUCGCAAGGAGAUCACACCUGCUGUAAAGAAGAAUAGGGAACGGGAUCAAGCUGUGGACACUUACACCACCAUGCUGGCUAGUGCUCUUGCCGGGAGCAGCCUGAGCCAUAAGCAGGAGGAGGCCUCCAGAAAGACUGCAGACCAGAUGGACAACAUAGUGGACAUGCGGGAGUGUGACGUGCCCUACCAUAUCCGCCUGUCCAUCGACCUGAAGAUCCACGUGGCUCAUUGGUACAAUGUUCGCCACCGGGGUAGCAGCUUCCCACCAGAAAUCACACGUCGAGAUGAUUUGGUAGAACGGCCAGAUCCUGUUGUUCUGGCCUUUGACAUCGAGACAACGAAACUCCCUUUGAAAUUUCCUGAUCCAGAAACAGACCAGAUCAUGAUGAUCUCCUACAUGAUUGAUGGCCAGGGUUACUUGAUCACAAACCGGGAGAUUGUUUCAGAAGAUAUUGAAGAUUUUGAGUUUACACCCAAACCAGAAUAUGAGGGCCCCUUCUGUGUCUUUAAUGAACCAGAUGAGGCGCAUCUUAUUCAGCGGUGGUUUGAGCAUGUUCAGGAAACCAUGCCAGCUAUCAUGGUGACUUACAACGGAGACUUCUUUGACUGGCCCUUUGUGGAAGCCAGAGCGGCAGCUCACGGAAUGAAUAUGCAGCAGGAGAUCGGGUUCCAAAAGGACAACCAGGGUGAAUACAAAGCUUCCCAGUGCAUCCACAUGGAUUGCCUCAGGUGGGUCAAGAGAGACAGUUACCUCCCAGUGGGGAGCCACAACUUGAAAGCAGCAGCUAAGGCGAAACUCGGCUAUGACCCUGUGGAGCUAGACCCUGAAGAGAUGUGCCGGAUGGCUACUGAGGAGCCUCAGACCCUGGCCACCUACUCAGUGUCUGAUGCUGUUGCCACCUACUACAUGUACAUGAAGUAUGUGCACCCUUUCAUCUUCGCCCUGUGUACCAUCAUCCCAAUGGAACCAGAUGAGGUGCUCCGAAAGGGCUCGGGGACUCUGUGUGAGGCGCUGCUCAUGGUCCAGGCCUACCAUGCCAACAUCAUCUUCCCCAACAAGCAAGAGCAAGAGUUCAACAAACUGACGGAGGAUGGGCACGUUCUCGACUCAGAGACGUAUGUGGGGGGCCACGUGGAGGCGCUGGAGUCCGGGGUCUUCCGGAGUGACAUCCCUUGCCGCUUUAAGAUGAACCCUGCUGCCUUUGACUUCCUUCUGCAGCGUGUGGAGAAGACACUGCGACACGCCAUUGAGGAAGAGGAGGGAAUUCCCUUGGACCAAGUGACCAAUUUCCAGAAGGUGUGCGAUGAAAUCAAGGUCAAGCUGGGUUCCUUGAGGGAUGUUCCCAACAGGAUUGAAUGCCCCUUGAUCUACCAUCUGGAUGUGGGGGCCAUGUAUCCCAAUAUCAUCCUGACCAACAGGCUGCAGCCAUCGGCAAUGGUGGAUGAAGCCACGUGUGCGGCCUGCGACUUUAACAAGCCAGGAGCCAACUGCCAGCGGAGGAUGACUUGGCAGUGGAGGGGAGAGUUCAUGCCCGCCAGUCGCAGCGAGUACCACCGCAUCCAGCAGCAGCUGGAGUCAGAGAAGUUCCCCUCUCUCUUCCCUGACGGGCCUCCACGGGCUUUCCACGAACUGACCCGAGAGGAGCAAGCGAAAUAUGAGAAGAAGCGCUUGGCAGAUUACUGCCGCAAAGCCUACAAGAAAAUCCACGUGACGAAAGUGGAGGAGCGUGUCACCACCAUCUGCCAGCGGGAGAACUCCUUCUACGUGGACACUGUGCGGGCCUUUCGGGACCGACGCUACGAGUUCAAGGGGCUGCAUAAGGUGUGGAAGAAGAAGCUGGCUGCAGCCAUGGAGAUGGGAGACGCCUCGGAAGUGAAGCGCUGCAAGAACAUGGAGAUCCUGUACGAUUCCUUGCAGUUGGCACACAAGUGCAUCCUCAACUCCUUUUAUGGAUACGUCAUGCGCAAAGGCGCUCGGUGGUACUCCAUGGAAAUGGCUGGCAUCGUCUGCUUCACUGGUGCUAGCAUCAUCACGCAGGCCCGAGAGCUGAUAGAGCAGAUUGGGAGGCCCUUGGAGCUGGACACAGAUGGGAUCUGGUGUGUCCUGCCAAACAGCUUCCCAGAAAACUUUGUCAUCAAGUCAACCAACAGCAAGAAGCCCAAAGUGACGAUUUCCUACCCAGGUGCCAUGCUGAACAUCAUGGUGAAGGAAGGGUUUACAAAUGAUCAGUACCAGGAGCUCGUGGACCCGGCCACUCUCAAAUAUGUUUCCCGCUCAGAGAACAGCAUCUUUUUUGAAGUGGAUGGGCCUUACCUCGCCAUGAUUCUGCCAGCCUCCAAGGAAGAGGGAAAGAAGCUGAAGAAAAGGUAUGCCGUGUUUAACGAAGACGGCUCCCUCGCCGAGCUGAAGGGGUUUGAGGUGAAGCGCCGUGGGGAGCUGCAGCUGGUGAAGAUCUUCCAGUCCUCCGUGUUUGAGGCCUUCCUGAAGGGCACCACCUUGGAGGAGGUCUAUGCCUCGGUGGCCAAAGUGGCAGACUACUGGCUUGAUGUGCUGUACAGCAAGGCGGCCAAUAUGCCUGACUCGGAGCUGUUUGAGCUGAUCUCGGAGAACCGAUCCAUGUCCCGGAAACUGGAGGACUAUGGAGAGCAAAAAUCCACUUCUAUCAGCACAGCCAAACGCCUGGCUGAGUUCCUGGGGGAUCAGAUGGUGAAGGAUGCAGGCCUGAGCUGCCGAUACAUUAUCUCAAAGAAACCGGAGGGGUCUCCAGUCACUGAGAGGGCCAUCCCACUUGCCAUUUUCCAGGCUGAGCUCUCGGUGCGCAGGCACUAUCUCCGGAAGUGGCUCAAGAGCCCCUCCCUGCAGGACUUCAACAUCCGAACGAUCCUGGAUUGGGACUAUUACAUUGAGAGGCUAGGCAGCACCAUCCAAAAGAUCAUCACCAUCCCAGCGGCACUGCAGCAGGUGAAGAAUCCAGUUCCUCGCGUCCAACAUCCUGACUGGUUGCAUAAGAAGCUCUUGGAGAAGAAUGAUGUGUACAAGCAGAAGAAAAUCAGCGAGCUCUUCACAAGUGAGGGCAAGAGACAGGUCUGUGCAAGCCUGCCUCGGGAAGGCCUCCCAGGCACCCAAGUCGCCGACAUGGAGGAUUUUGGUAUCGCCAGGCCUGCCCAGCCAGGAGUCCCGGUGACAACCAAGCGUAAACGGAUCCCCACCACGGAGGAGAGCCAGCAGCAGUCCCAGAACCUGGAGCUCACGCAGUCCUGGCGGGAGAUCCUGGGCCCACCCCCCCCCACUGGCACCACCAAGGAGGAGCGCCUGGUCUGGCUGCGCUACCACAAGAAGAAGUGGGAGCUGCAGGCACGUCAGCGUCAGGAGCGCCGGAAGAGGAGGCGGUUGGCAGAUGGCAAGGUGGUCCUGGGUGGGGGACUGAUCCGGGCUGGCCCCUCCAAGGGGCUCAGCAGCUUCCUGCACCGGACAGCACGCAGCAUCCUCGACCUGCCCUGGCAGAUCGUCCAGAUCGCAGAGACAAGCCAGGAAGGCCUCUUCAAGCUGUGGGCUGUGAUCGGGAGCGAGCUGCACUGCCUGAAGCUCAACGUGCCUCGGGUCUUCUACAUCAACCAGCGUGUCCCCAAGCCGGAGGAGAGCACUGUCUAUAGGAAGGUGAACAGAGUCCUUCCUCGCUCCAGCUUGGUUUACAACCUGUACGAGUACUCGGUGCCCGAGGACAUGUAUCAGGAGCACAUCAAUGAGAUCAGCGCCAGCCUCUCUGCUCCAGACAUCGAGGGGGUGUAUGAGACCCAGGUGCCAUUACUGCUGCGGGCCUUAAUUCGCCUGGGCUGUCUGUGCAUGGUCAACAGGACUUUGGUGAAACACCUCACUGGCCGAGAGUCAGAUACCUUCGAUCUGGAACACCUUGAGAUGCGUUCCUUGGCCCAGUUCAGCUACCUGGAGCCAGGGAGCAUCCGGCACAUCUACCUGUACCAUCACGCCCAAGGCAACAAGGCACUGCUGGGUCUGUUCAUCCCUUCUCAACGCAAAGCGUCUGUCUUCAUAUUGGACACGGUGCGGAGCAACCAGAUGCCAAACCUCACCGGCAUGUAUGCUUCAGAGCACAGCGCCAUGAUGGAGAAGGUGGGCCCAGAACUGCUUCCGCCAGGGAAACACACCUUUGAAGUCCGAGCAGAGACGGACUGCAAGACGGUCUACAGGGCCAUCCAGCGCCUCCUGCUGGGCUACAAGGAUGAGCGCAGGGGCCCCACCCUCAUUGCCGUGCAGUCGAACUGGGACCUGAAGCGGCUGGCGGGUGGCAUGCCAGUCCUGGAGGAGUUCCCGUUGGUCCCAGUCCAGGUCUCCGAUGACAUCAGCUACAGCGUCCUGGACUGGCAGCGCCACGCUGCCCGGCACAUGAUCCGCCGCUACCUCAGCUUGGACACGUGCCUGUCUCAGGCCUUUGACAUGAGCAGGUAUUACCACAUCCCCAUCGGGAACCUCCCCGAUGACAUCUCCACCUUCGGCACAGACCUGUUCUUCUCCCGUCACCUCCACCGCCACAAUCACCUUCUGUGGAUCUCUCCCACGUCCCGCCCCGACCUGGGGGGCAAAGAGGCGGACGACAGUCGCCUAGUGAUGGAGCUUGACGAGAGAGUCUCUGUCGAGAUCAAUCACCCAGGCUGCUAUUCCACAGUCUGUGUGGAACUGGACCUCCAGAGCCUUGCUGUGAACACCAUCUUGCAGUCCCACCACAUCAACGACAUGGAAGGGGCCUCCAGCAUGUGCAUCAGCUUCGACGUGAUCCAGCAGGCAUCGCUGGAGGACAUGGUCACUGGGAACCAGGCAGCCAGCGCCCCGGCCAGCUACGACGAAGCGGCCCUUUGCUCCAACACUUUCAGGGUCCUGAAGAGUGUGGUGGUGGGCUGGGUGAAGGAGAUCACGCAGUACCACAACGUCUAUGCUGACAACCAGGUGAUCCAUUUCUACCGCUGGCUGCGCUCCCCAACAUCGCUUCUCCACGACCCUGCCCUGCACCGCAUGCUGCACAACAUGAUGAAGAAGCUCUUCCUUCAACUGGUGGCGGAGUUCAAGCGCCUCGGCUCACUGGUGGUUUACGCCAACUUCAGCCGCGUCAUCCUGUGCACCAAGAAGCGCCGCAUCGAGGAUGCCCUCGCCUACGUGGACUACAUCACCAGCAGCAUCCAUUCAAAAGAAAUCUUCCACUCUUUGACCAUUUCCUUCUCGCGCUGCUGGGAGUUCUUGCUUUGGAUGGACCCAGCCAAUUACGGUGGGAUCAGAGGGAAGGUUCCUUCCCGGGUCCACUACGGGCAGGAGACCAAUAGUAAAGAGGCAGCAGAUGUAGAAGAGAGUGAAGGAGAGGAGGAGGAGGAGGAGGAAGAGAACAAGGAAGAUGGAGUGGGCGAAGGUGACAUAGAGGAGCUGCUGGAAAACAACUGGAAUGUCAUGCAGUAUCUGCCCCAGGCAGCCUCCUGUCAAAAUUAUUUCCUCAUGAUUGUGUCUGCCUACAUUGUAGCCGUGUACCAUAGCAUGAAAGAGGAAAUGCAGCGGAAUGGCCCUGGAAGCACCCCCAUCAAGAGGCGAACGAACAGCCAGGUUUCCCAGGAGCCUGUGAAAGAGACGGGGGCCAUGCCUGGCAUGAUUGCCUUCUCCCAGGAGUACGUCUCCAAUGAGCUUACCCAAAGCGUCUUCACCAUCACCCAGAAGAUCCAGAAGAAGGUGAGUGGCUCUCGACGUACCACGGAGCCCUCUGAGAUGUUCCCUGCCCUGCCCGGCUCCUACCUGAUGCUCAACAACCCGGCACUGGAGUUUGUGAAAUACGUCUGUAAGAUACUGUCCCUGGACAACAACAUCACCAACCAGGUGAGCAAGCUGAAGAGGGACCUGCUUCGCCUAAUCGAUGUAGGUGAAUUCUCAGAGGAGGCCCAGUUCCGGGAUCCCUGCCGCUCCCACGUCCUCCCAGAGAUGAUCUGCAGGAACUGCAACCUGUGCAGAGACUUGGACCUCUGCAAGGGCCCUGUCCUCGCUCAGGAUGGAUCCGUGCUGCCGAACUGGGUGUGCUCCAACUGCCAAGCCCAGUAUGACUCGGAUGCCAUAGAGAUGGCCCUGGUGGAAGCCCUGCAGAAAAAGCUGAUGGCCUUCACCCUUCAGGACCUGAUUUGCCAGAAGUGCAAAGGCAUCAAGGAGACCCACAUGCCCAUCUACUGCAGCUGCGCCGGCAGCUUUGACCUCCUGUUGCCCACCAAGACCUUCCUGGAGCACCUGAAAGUCUUCCAGAGCAUUGCCCAUCACUAUCACAUGCCCCACCUGCUGGAGAACAUCUCGUGGCUGCUGCAGAUGAACCCUCGGCUUCUCUGGGCCAGCCUGCAGUUUGUCUUCGCCCUGGGAAAAACCAUCGAGAGGCGCCCGGUUUGCUUCAUGCCACACAGAAGCGCAUGCAGAGGUGUGGUGCCUCACUGUGAGCGACUCGUACGAGGUCAGACUCAGAGUGACUUGUCUUCCAGAUUCGGCCAGGGAGCUGGUCAACAAGCAAGCCCGCUUCCUGGCCCCGUCUUUUGCUGGACUGUGGGAGCUCAGCAGAACAAAAGCCUUGGAUUAUGGGGCAGCUCAUUGCCCAGAUUUUAACCUAUUCUUAGUUUUAAUUUUAUGCUGUAAAUAAACCCUUUUCUUUACAUCA